AUGUCUCUCAGUAAUUUCCAGCAGUAUAAAAACCGAGAAGCCGGGGUCAUAGAGACUAACCCGCAACUACGGCCAAAGAACGUCAAAAAAGUCCGGUCGAUACCUCAGGCGGAGACAUGGCGAAAUAUAGUAAUGGGCGAGAUUUCAUCAAAGUUGACCCAGAUAAACGAUCCCAACGAAAGCGACUUUCGCUUGAGAGAGUUGAACGACGAGUUGAAUCAGCUAUUUAGGGAUAAAAAGACAUGGGAGUACCAGAUCAAGGCGUUGGGCGGGAAUGACUACAUUCACAACCACAAUAAAAAGGACAUGAUCAACUCUGGAGCCAAUGUUGCAGGCUGGAGGUAUUUUGGACGGGCCAAGGAAUUGCCGGAUAUCAAGAAAUCGAUAGAAGAGAGCAAGAAGCAGGCUUUAAGAGGCAAGGUGUCCAAAGCAGCAAUCUUGAAAGCCAGAAAGAAAAGAUUGGACGACUUUUAUUACGGUAAAGGCGAAGACGACCGCGAGCUCGUUGCAUUCGAGAGUCGACGAAGUAUAGAGUUGCAACAGGAACAACAAGAACAUGAACAUAAAUAUAAAAAAACACCGUCAAUUAGAUUUGCUCAAAUCCCAACAAACGAACAAGUGUCCAAAUGGCUCGUCGAUAAAAAGAGACAACAGCUAA